UUCACAGAAACAGUGGAAAAGAAAAAAAAAGGAGAACUCUGGGACGUCUUUCUUCACUGUUAACUGGAUUUUAUGGAGUCUGUUUGUCUGAAAAAUGAAAAUCUCGUCAGUGGUAGCAAUUCUCCUGAUUAAAAGUUUUGCUGGAGUUGGUUGUGCAGGACUGGAUAAAUCCCGACAAACACUUUGCUCUUCACACCCGGAGGUUUGUGAGGCUCUCAAUGUCACCGUCACCCCAGGGCCAGUGGCCAGGGUCCUGGAGGGCGACAAUGUCACCCUAUCCUGCCAGGUGGCUCAGCGAAGGAGACCUGAUAUCGUCCUGGUGGUGCGCUGGCUGUUUGCCGCACUUCCAGCUGAUGAGGAGCAGCUCAUCGUGAAGCUGAACAUGCGGAGGGCCAAGUACUACGGUAACUACACCAAGCGCUUUGCCCGGCCUAAGCUGCGCCUCUUGGAGGAGAGGCGGGGAACAAGCCUAGGCCUACUCAUCCUCAACGUCUCCAAGGAGGACCGAGGCCACUAUGUCUGCAGGGUCCAGGAGAUCCGGCUGCACCAGAACCGCUGGAGGGGCAGCGUCCAAUGGACGGCUUCUGCAGAACUGAAAGUGAGCGUCCUGGCCACCACCCAGAAUCGGGAGGCCAUAUGGCAGCUGUUUGAAGACGUGUACCUGUGUGUGGUGCUCAUCUGCUCCGUCGGACUCGUCUGCAUGUGCCUGUUUACUGUGGUCAUCACCUGCCAGUACCUGCAAAGGAGGCGGAGCUCCAGAGCAAGUUAUUAUCUGGUGAAGUGUCCCCAGAACAGCUCUGGGGAGACGGUCACCAGUGUCAUCAGCCUGUCCCCUCCCAUGCCCAAGAAGGAGAAGAAGCACUUGGAGAAGAAGGGUGUAGGAGCCGCGGAGAUUCCACCGGCCAUACCAGCCAAAGACAAAACACGGGGGUCCAAACUUUUGAAGCCCCAGCCAAGAAAAGUGGCUCUGCCCAAGAUUGUGGAGGAGAGCCUGAUGUAUGCUGAGCUGGAGCUGGUGAAGUCCCUGCCUGAGAGCGAAUUGGCCUGUCCGGGUACAGUCUACGCUCAGAUAGUGUUUGACGAGAGACCAAUGUAGAGCUGCCCUCUACGUGUUUGCAAAUCACUAUUUAUAAAUGUAUAUUUGUCUCAUUCUAUGUGUUAUUUUCAUGCUUCUAGCUGACUUUUCGGACGAAUGUGAAUGUGAAUUCAGUGACUACAUCCUUAUGACAUUUUGUACAAAGGCAAUUUUUUACACCGUACUUAAAUGUAUUUUUUCUCCAUUUGUAAUCAAGCCAGAAUUUGGUUUGCAUUUAAAUGUUUGCAUGUAUGCAUUGCAGGUCACUGCGGAUGAUCAUAUUUUUACUGUUUUAAUUAAUAAUUGAAUACUGUUUUGAUUAAUUGAUGAAUUUGUCCUGUGAUGGCUGGGAUCGACUCCAGUCUCACUGGCAGGAGAAAUGGAUGGAUGGAUCUGGUUGAUACUGGUGUCACUGUGCAUUAAUCCUAACUAAAUUAAUCCAAUGAGGAUAAUGAAA